AUGUCCACCAAGAACGAACCCCAAAUCAAUAUCCCAAAAUCCCGCUCUUGGCUCGUCAUAUCCGGCGCAAGCACCUCUCUCUUCUGCACAGUCGGCUUCCUAAACUCAUUCGGCGUCUUCGAAGAAUACUAUGCCUCCGACCAACUCUCCACAAACAGCCAAUCAACAAUCGCCUGGCUAGGCGCAACAGCAAUAUUCUUCUUGUUUUCAAUAUCUGUCAUAUCAGGCAUCAUUCUCGACAAAUUCGGCCCGAAAAUAAUGUGCUGGGCCGGUGCAAUCGGCACCGUAUUCUCGAUCAUGAUGACUUCGCUCUGUCAAGAAUUCUACCAGUUCCUCCUUGCACAGGGCAUAUUACUUGGUAUCUCGAUGGCGCUGGUUACAUGGCCGAUGUUGGCGCUUGUGGGGAAGUGGAUUAAUGCGGAGAAUCGUGGUGCUGCGCUUGGAAUUGUCCUUGCGGGUUCUUCGCUAGGUGGUGUGAUUUGGCCGAUUGCUAUUGAUAAGUUGUUGAAAGCGGGUGGAGUUGGAUUCCCGUGGACGAUGCGGAUCGUGGGGUUCAUUAUGAUUCCGUGCUUUGGGUUUGCUUGUCUUGUUGCGAAGGAGCCGCCGACUGUCGCUUCUAAAGCUGUUGAGCGAGAAGAGGAAGACAAUCUGGAUGUUGCGGCAUCAGUCGAGAAAGUCGAUCGCACGGCGGAGGCUUUGGCUCUUUUUAAGAAGCCGGCUUUGCAAUUGCUGUCGUUGGCUAUGUUUAUUACAUACUUUGGGAUGUUCUCGCCGUUCUUCUAUACGACUUCAUACGCCGUGUCAAAGGGGUUUCCUUCCAACUUUGCCUUUUACACCGUUUCCAUCGUCAAUGGGGCUUCCUUCUUCGGUCGAGUCGUCCCUGGAUUUAUGGCUGAUAAAUAUGGGAAGUUCAACUGUGUUAUCGUGUCUACCUUGCUUGCUGGUCUGAUUGCAUUGUGCUGGACCAAGGUGGAUUCGGUAGCUGGCUUGGGUGUGUGGUCGGCCGCUUACGGCUUUGCGUCUGGAGGGAUCAUUUCACUUCAACAAGCAUGCGCAGCCCAGGUUGCUACGCCGUCUACCAUGGGCCUUGCCAUUGGAGCUGUGUCGGCUUCCGUUUCGCUAUCGGCCAUGGCAAAUGUUCCGAUCAGUGGUGCGCUGGCUGAGAAAUUUGGAUACCUUUCUCUGUCACUCUUCUCCGGAAUUACGCUUAUUCUAGGUGGUAUAUUGCUUAUAGCGGCUCGGCUCGUGCAGGAUAGACGUCUCCUUGCAAUCGUUUAG